AGAUGAUUUUGGCUGAAGGAGAAGUGAAGGCGUCUCGUGCUUUGAAGGUGGCGGCGUCAGGGCUUCCCCCCGUGGCGUUCCACCUCAGAUACCUGCAGUCGUUGUCCUCCGUCCAGAGUAGCGCGUCCAUCGUGGUCUUCGCCCUCCCCACAGAGCUCCUGGACAUGUUCGUCUCCCAUCAGCCUUAGCUCUCCGCAAUGUCUCAGCAGGGAGAUAAAAAGGUAGAAAAACAUCAAACCUAUGAGAACAAGGUUUGAUGAUGUCGUGAAGUCGUGUAGGAUCAUGGGAGUUGUUGUCGUCAUUGGUAAACAACCACCAGAGCAGAUGAUCUUUCUGACAUAACUCAUGCUCACAGACACAGUGAUGUAUUAAAAUUGUAUUCAUGCUAAGUUCAUUAAAUAAAAGUAAAUUAGAUUUGUAGAGCACCAAAUUAUCUCAGGACACUGCCCAUAUAGAGCAGCUAUAGACUGUAAAUUAAAAAUAGGUUUGGUCAUGUUUGCUGACUUCAUGACUCUCUGAUGUAACCUGUGUUUAACAGGAAGGUUAAAAUAGAUAUGACAAAAAUGUACAGGCGACCGGUGAAACGCAGUUUCCUGAAUAAAAUGACAGAUUUCUCUGAGUUUAAACAUUGUUGGGAACACUUGGGAUAAUGUAAGAACCCAACUCAACAACAUAUAGAACAGUUUUACGCCUUUUAAUGUGGGAGUGUUAUUAUUAUACCUACCUCUUGUGUUAUACCUUUAAUAAAAUCAGUAUUUAUAUUUA